AUGACUGAGGGCGCGGGCGCCCGCGGCCCCGCGGCUCACCAGCCCCACCUGCUGGAGGGGCCGCCGCGCGGCAAGGGCGCGUCGUCCUACCACCACUCCAGCGCCUUCCGCCCGGUGGGGGGCAAGGAGGACUCGGAGAGCCUGGCCAAGCUGCACCACCACCACCAGCCGCCGCGCGCCGCCGCCUCGCCGCCGCCGCCGCCGCCGCUGCUGCUGGCCCCCGAGCGGGACCCGGGCGGCGGCGAGCGGGCGGGCCACCGCCUCCUCUCCCCGGGGGGCACCAGCUGCAGCUACCCCAGCGAGGACAGCAGUGAGGAGGAGGACGAGGACGAGGAGGACGAGGAGGAGGAGCCCGAGGUGGACGUCGAGAGCCACAGGCCCCCCGGGGAGGAGGAGGACGAGGAGGAGGACGAGGACGCGGAGGACGCCGAGGCGGAGCGGGCGGGCGCCGAGGCCGUGGACCCCGUGGGGGCGCCCAGCCGGUACCUCCAGAGCCGGGGACUAACGGACAAGGGGGCCGCCCGGGACAGGUCGAGCGGCGGCGGCGGCGGCGGCGCCGCGCUUGCGCCCCCGGCCGGGCCGUUCCCCGCCGCCUCCUGCAGGCCGUCCCCGGAGGAGGAGAAGACGGCCCCCCCCGGCGCCGAGCACCUGCUCCCGCCCGCCCCCGCUCUGCCCGCCUGCCCCCCAAAGGCGGGGAGCAGCGGCACCAGCAGCCCGGCUCAGCACCUGGCAGAAGAGGAGCCGCCGCCCCCGUACAAAGAUGUCCAGAAAAGCAAAGAAGGCACCCAGGCCGUCGUAUCCGCGAAGGAAAAUAAAUUCUCAGAUAAGAGCAAAGAACAGACUUUUUUCAUCACAGAUUCGGAACCUCCGGGGGGAGAUUUCUGGAGAAAUAUCACAGGUGAACCCAUUCAGCAAGCCAAUCCACCUCAUUCUCUGAAAAAGGAUGUAGAAAACAUGGGGAAAGAAGAACUUCAGAAGGUCUUGUUUGAACAAAUUGACUUGCGGAGACGGCUAGAACAAGAGUUCCAAGUUCUAAAAGGAACGGCUUCUUUCCCAGUAUUCAAUAAUUUUCAAGAUCAAAUGAAGCGGGAAUUGGCCUACAGAGAAGAGAUGGUUCAACAGUUACAAAUUAUUCCCUAUGCAGCAAGCUUGAUCAGGAAAGAAAAACUCGGCACACAUCUCAGCAAAAGCUAA